AUGCUUCACUGCGGCCUCUUCUCUGCCUAUUUGUGGUGUGAAUUCGUGUUAUUCGCCUCCACAACCUUGAUAAUCUUCUUUGGCUACAGUUGGGGAUCGUUGCCACACAGGUAUUUGAAUGCUGUUCGCAAAAUCCAGGAUGCCUUCUAUAAUGUAAGUUUGGUUUUUGUUGAUUUUUGGUUGUUUUUAGGUAAUACUUAUGGUUUCUUAGAUUUUGAAGAGGGUUUUAGGCAGUGCUGUUAAAAACAAAACAAUUUGAAUAAUCAAACAAAACAAUUUUUUGUUCAAAAUGAUUUGAACAAAGAGACAAAACGAUUUUUUAUUUGGCAAAAUUGUUUGAUUUGUUCAAAAUUGUUUGAAAUUCAUUUUCAACAAGAGGUUGUGGACUUCCCUUGUGAGAAAAAGGAGAAAUGGCUGAAGAAUUUUAAUUGUUUAUGUUUUUCGGUUUUUAUGGAUAAUCAAAAAAGUAAAAUUGUUUAAAAUUGUUUGAAAUUCAUUUUCAACAAAAACUGUUUGAAUUUUCGGCGUUGUUUGAGCCGGUUAUUCAAAUUUUUAACAGCACUGGUUUUAGGUAUAAAAAAAUGAAGUUUUUGCUGUUUUGAGUCUUAAGUAUAAAGAGAUAAAGGAUUUUAGGUAACACAACUUGGAGUUUGAUUUAAUUUUAGGCUUAGAAACGAGAUAUUUUCAGUAGUUUAUGUAAAACUUCAGAAAACCGUGUUCUUUAGGUAAUAAAAAGUGACUUCUAUGUCAUAUUGUUGUUCAAUUUUGAAGAUGUUAAACAUAUGAUUGUUAUGACAGAUUUUUAAAAAUAGAUUAAACGAUUAACUAUCAAAAACACAACAUUCUGAGCUGUUUCACGUGUUUUGAUAAAGAGCUCUAACGGAAGUUUUGUCGCAACGAAAAAAUGAAAAUUUCCAUGACAUUUUGAUCUAACUUAUGAUUUUUUAAAUCCUAUGGAAAUUUCCAACGAUAAUUUUACAAGUUGUUACCUAAAAUUGAAGAAAAUUUUUUGUUACCUAAUUUGUUACCUAAACUUUAUGAUAUUGAUAAUUUGUUACCUAAAGGCAUAUUUUGUUACAUAAACUUUUCAAAAAUUUAAUUUUGUUACCUAAAAUUUAAUGUUGUUACUUAAAAUUCAAUUUUAUUACUUAAAAAAUGUCUCAUUACCCAAAUUUGCCACUAAACUUAAUUUUGAAGUUUUAAACUUGUAGGUAUACCCACCAGAACUAUGGGAAAACGAUCCCUGGGACCAGAUGAUCGACACCACGGCUUCGGGGAUUCUGAAGAGAGUCGAGAGCAGACUCAGCGACUUUGAAAUUGUCAAAGACCAUCCCAAUGGCAUGCUCGAUGUUCAGAUGGAGCUCGUCAACUCUGGCAUUCAGUCCAUUAUUAAGGUAGGCUUGGGAAUGGCAUUUUUGGUCUGAAAGUUUAGGGAAAAUGUUGUAGUAGGUCUAAAAUAUCAUCGACCCUUUUUUUCUAAUUAAAGGUAUCAUAAAAUUCUCAUUUCUAAUUAAAAAUGCCAUAAAAUCCUCAUUUCUAAUGCAAAAUGCCAAAAAAUCUGAAAAUACCAUGUCAAUAUGACCGUAUUUCCAGGAUGACGUUAAGAGCAUGUUCGACCUCUCUCCAGACCUCCGACGCUACGAAUUCACUCAAGACAUGUGGAAUCGUAUAACCGACAAACCCCAUCUGAAGGCCCUCUAUGCCACUUCAGUAGCCUUCCGUGUCGGAAUUCUCUUCCCCGUACGUGUCUCCCUCUACCUCACCUCAUUCCUCUACGUCGCCAUUUGCUGUAUAUUGGCAUUACUUGUCAACUUUACUGAUAAACAAAAAACCGCCAUAGCCGUGACGUACUGUCGACUAUACACGGCGGGCACAGGUCUUGUAGCCCGCUACCAUAAUAUCGAGCAUCGACCGUCACGACCAGGCGUAGCUGUCUCCAACCAUCUAUCGCCGAAUGACAUUCAAAUCAUUUGUGCUGAUGUGGACCCGAAUCGAGAGUAUUUGUACAUAGUGACCGGCCAGAAACAUACGGGUAUCAUUUGGGCCAUCGAAAGGUUGGUGGAGCAGCUGUGUCCAUCGAUGUGGUUGGAGAGGACGAACGCUGAGGAGAGGUUGAAGUUUCAACAGGAUGUGCUUAGGGUGGCUAGGGUAGGUCUUUGAAAGAUUUUAUGGUGAAGGAAGGCUUGUUUAUUUAAAUUUACGGCGUUUUGUGGUGAAAAGAAGGGUGGAAUUAGGGUAGGGUGUGUCUUAAAGAUUUGUUGGUGAUAUAGGGGUGGUUUUUUGUUUUCGGUAUUGAUGAGAUGCUUUAGAAUAAAAUUUUUGUUUUAUGGCUUCAGUGGUUGUUUUUCAUCAAGUUUUUGUUUUUUUUUUGUGCUUCAGGGGUGUUUUCGUGAUUUUUUUUGGUUUUUUUUCUCGAAAUUAUUUCUAUAGCUGUGGCAGGUAUACUUAAAACUUUUUAUUUUAAAAAUUUAAAUUAUUAUUAUUGAUAAAUUUAGGUAACAAAAUUAGAUUUUAGCUAACAAAUUUUAAGUUUCAUGAAUUCUACGUAACACGCUUAGAUUUUAGGUUUAACGUUCAGAAACGAGUGUUUCAGAUUGUGAUUUAGGGUUUUUAUUUUCGAUUUGAUUAACAUAAUAUAUUAUAUUAUUUCAGUCGUCAGGACCAGUACUAAUCUUCCCCGAGGGCUAUUGUACAAACAACACAAAGGUAUUACAAUUCAGGAAAGCUGUCUUUGGAGAAAAUGUUCAAAUUCAUCCUGUGGCUUUAAAGUGAGUUUAAUUUUGAUUUUUUGGCCCUUGUUUUUCAAGAUGAAAAAAAAACUUCAAAGAAAUAAAACAAACCUUUUUGACUAUUUUAACAAAGUCUUAAGGUUUGUCAUAAGCUUUUCUAUAAGUUUAACAUAAAAUUUUAAAUUUCCAAAUUCCAGACAAAACGCACGCUACGGCGACGCUUUCUGGUGGGAAGAUAACUUUGGCAAAUACCUCAUCCGUCUACUAACCUCCUGGGCCACAGUCUACGACAUCACCUAUUUACCUGCCCAAACUCGACUCCCCGGUGAAACGGCCGAAGAGUUCGCUUCAAGAGUACAACAACUAAUAGCCGAGGCCAUAGACGUAGACCCAUCACCGUACGACGGCGGCGUCUACUACAAGAAACACAUGCGCGAGAAAUACAAAAAGAUCAUUCAAGAACAGUGUGCCCAGGAACUAGUGGUCAGCUCACGCCGAAACUCACCCGACCCAUACUUGUCAUCAGGGCCGGACGAAAAAGUCAUGUAA